AUGGCGCCGCGAAAUGAUGUCAAGGAUGGCGAGCCGCAGCCGGAGCGCAGUUAUGCCACGCUGUCUACGCUGAGAGUUGGUGUCAAGGCCAUGGUAGACAAAGACGGCGAGAAGCGCAAGGCAGAGAUCUUGUCCAUUCAGACUCGAAAAGGCAGCCCGACGUUCUACGUCCACUACCAAGAAUUCAACAAGCGUCUCGACGAAUGGGUUCCCGCCGACCGCAUCGACCUUUCCGAGGAGGUCGAGUGGCCGCUCCCGGAGAAGGUCGACGAGAAGAAGAAGCAGAAGACCAAGGAGCAACUCUCCAACUCCAAGGCAAUCAAUAAGGCCCUCAAGAAUAUCAAUCGAUCCGUCUCCGAAAGCCGCGAGGCCACGCCACUCGACACAUCUGCCAAGACGAGCAGAAGACCAUCCUUCCAGGGCGGCAAGGAGAAUCGUGAUCCGAAUGUCACCGUGAUUGCCACCGAGGAGCUCGGUGGAACGCCGUUGCCCGAUGACGAGCACACCGUCGACCUCGCCGAUAUUCAGGAUGCUGCCGCAGCCGCGAAGGCCGUGCCUGGCCAUGUCCCCCAGACGCGCGAAGAAGAAGUUGAGAGACUUCGCUUCGGCGGGAGUAUGACGCAAAAUCAGACGGAGAUCUCGCGUGUUCGAAACCUCGAGCGCAUCCAGAUGGGCUCGCACGAAAUUGAGCCGUGGUACUUCUCCCCGUAUCCUGCCGAGUUUGCGGACUGCGAUAUGGUGUACAUCUGCGAAUUCUGCCUGUGUUACUUUGGGGAUAACACACAGUUCACCCGCCACCGGAAGAAGUGCACCCUCCUGCAUCCUCCAGGCAACGAGGUGUAUCGGGAUGAUACUGUGUCCUUCUUCGAAAUCGACGGGCGCAGACAACGGACGUGGUGUCGGAAUCUCUGCCUUCUCUCCAAGCUAUUCCUCGACCACAAGACCCUUUACUACGACGUCGACCCUUUCCUCUUCUACUGCAUGACCGAGCGAGACGAGCACGGCCAUCAUCUGGUCGGGUACUUUUCCAAAGAGAAAGAAUGCUCAGAAGGGUACAACGUCGCCUGCAUCCUCACUCUUCCCCAAUACCAACGCAAGGGGUUCGGCAAACUGCUCAUCCAAUUCUCCUACGAGCUCUCCAAAAUCGAAGGCAAACUCGGCUCACCCGAGAAGCCCCUCUCCGACUUGGGCCUCCUCGGCUAUCGCGCAUACUGGCAGGAAGUCAUCGUCGAUCUGUUGAUCGACCGCGAAAUCGAAGGCACACCCAUGAUCUCGGUGGAGGAGCUGGGCUCGACGCUCGCGAUGACGACCAAUGAUGUCUUGCAUACCCUCCAGAACCUCAACAUGCUGCGCUACUCCAACAAAAACCAUGUUAUCGUUCUGACGGAUGCGGCCGUGGCGGCACGGGACAAGCUGAAGGAGAAGGAGCGGGUGAAGGGCAAGCGAAUGAUCGAUCCGGAACGCUUGCAGUGGAAGCCACCGGUGUUUAGUGCUGCCGCCAGGACAUGGAAUUGGUAA